AAUGAAGAAAUCUCAGACUCGUAGUUGCUAUGGUGACUGGCACUCUAAAAAUGCCUAAGAUGCACAUACCUUAAUACAUACCGAAGGUCACUUCACUGACAUGCCUGUCAUGUUGCCACCUACCUCCCAAAUGGAAAUGGUCAUGUGGCUGAUGGUAUUUGUCAUAGUAUGGUAUUCAGCAGUGUCUCACAUCACUCUCUCCAAUGAAUUCCUCACUGGGGUAUGACUGUUUCAUUGGCUGCACAUUCAUCUAUUUUUGAGUGUCUUUCUGCUGAGAGAAGAAUCUUGACGUGUCUGCAUGAGCAGCUUUGGUACAUUUUCACAUGAGACAUAUGGGUGUUAAAUUGUACUUGUCACAAGCUUCCAACAUGAAAUCAUGGGCCUUGAGGAGUUCAAUUUCAGACUGUUCUGCUAGGGACAUAACAUAUGCAUGGCUCCACAUUUCACAUGCAUUUUCAUACCAAGAGCUGCCCCAAAGAAAUGACCGACGUUAUGAGGGUGGUGUGAAGCCAAAACGUAACUUAAAACAAGUAGCAAUUACACAGGUGGUCAGUUACAACUUGAGCAGAAAAGGACAAUCAGAAAGAGACUCUUGGAGGACAUUGCCACACAGCCCUGUGAAUGUCACCAUUAAUGGAAGUCCCUGCAUUCUUUUCUGGGCAAGGAGGAUAAUGAUUAAAUUUAAAAAUCAUACACAGCUGGACUUGACAGAGAAGACAUUUGGCAUACAUGCAACCGUGGAUGUUGGAGAUUCCAACUGCAGUGAAGACAGUGCAAUGCUUUCACUUAAGUUUGGUGACAUGGACAACCUCAAGGGGCUUGUUAUUAGAUUUUUAUUGACAAACAGUUAUUACAAGCUGUCUGUUCAGAACUGGUUUAGUUUAUACAGAAUACAGCUGCUUUACAACCAUUCUGUGCAAGCAACAUUUAACACAACCAGAAUAUAUGCUCCAGCAAGUUAUUCCUAUCACUGUGAACAUGUGAGCAGCUUGCAGAGGUAUGAUGCACUCCUGAUGCCCAGCUCCGCAAACGAUGUGUCCAGGCUCUGGGAAGUCACUUUUAUCGAUUUCCAGAUUCAAGGCUUUAACGUAGAAGGAGGACAGUUUGCUUAUGCCAAAGAUUGUGCAUCCUUUUUUUCACCAGCAAUUCUGAUGGGCUUGAUUAUGUCACUGAUUCUGCUUCUAGUCCUGGCCUAUGCUCUCCAUAUGUUGAUCCACCUGAAGUCUCUUGAUAGGCAUUAUGAAAGCAAAGCCUCUCCUGCCUAUUUUGCACAAAUGAAAGACCGUGACAUGGCAGAUGAAAAAGAACCACUGAGAAGCAAUGGAAAUGAGUCCUAUGAACUUAGAAGUCAACAGUUUUGUAAAGUCUAUAUUUAGAAGAGUGUGUCUCAUUCAGGCUAUUGGUAUUUUCUUUUUGUCUCAUUCAGGCUAUUGGUAUUUUCUUUUUGCUAUUCUAUGCUGUUUAGUUGUACAGUAGCUAAAAGUGUUCAAAUGAUUUAUUUGAUCAAAGAAUAAAUAAAUAUAUCAGACUGCU